CACAGUCGAUAUCACGCGCCCCAAGCGACGAAGUGGGCGGAGCUCAGAGUUGGGGAACACGAUAGCCGAGCCUCGGCGUAUCGCCCUCCCCCUCCUCUCUGCUUCGCGAAGCUUCUCGACGCCGCAUUCGAUCCCUCCCGAGUCGAAUCGAAUCCCAAGGGUUUUCUUCUUCUUCUUCUUCUUCUUCUUCUUCUUCGUCAUGUUUUGUUUGCAACGAUCGAUCAAAGGAGUCGCAAGCUGCAUUUAGAAAAUUUUAAUGGAAUGGAUGCAGAAAAUUUUAAUGGAAUGGAUACAUCGAGGUCAGAGAGAAACAUUUUUAUUGCUAACGUAAACGAGCUUAUCGACAAAGAGAAGGGAAUCCUUGGUAGUGCUCCUCAAGCUAUAAGAGAAGUACAACGAAAAGAAUCACAGCAUGAUGGGUCUCAAAGGAGUAAAGUGCAUAGUGGGCUCGGUGAAAAUGGUCAUUUCGCUCCAUGUAAUACUGGGAAGAAAAAUGUUUACCUGUUAGCUAACCGUCAAGAUAUCGUCAACUCAUCUAACAGGCAGGCGUGUUCUUCAUUUGCUGAAAUCAGAAAUCGAGAUAACAGAAACGGGAUAACCAUUGGAGCAGAACCUAGAAAUGAACAUGCGUUCCGAAAGGGAAGAGAGUUUCAUGCUUGUCAUGAGAGUCAUGGACAUAAAAAGCAGUUGCAUAAUGAUUUUUCAUCUCCUAACAAUACUUCACGAUGUGGAAAUGUGGCUAAAGAUGGGAUCCUGGGAAAGUUGCCAUGCAAGGAACUGCCUGACGAGAGUGAUAUGCACAUUAAAAUUCCUUGGUCUGAAGAAAGAAGCAGUAGUGAAGGGAAAGGAAAAGUUGUAUCAAGUGAGAUGGCCAAACCUGAAUCCCUGGCAACAAAAUCUGAUUCGGAGUUUGGAGUACAUAGGCAACAGAAUCAGACAACAGGAAAAAGGAAAUAUGGCUCAGUUCAUUCUAAUUUUGGUCAAUCCUCCUCCUCAUUUUUUGAAUCCUUGGAAACUUCUUCUGGUCAAGUGUAUGGGCAAAAAAGCCCUAUACCAAAUAGAUUUCAUAAUUUUACCCAGGGUCAACACUUUUCUAACUGGGCUUCCCUAAGAAAUGUUGAUGUACUGAAUUCUGAAGAAGUUAGACAUAGCAGUUUUCGAACAGAAGAUGACAGUGAUUCAAGAAUUUGUCAAGUCGAAUCAGAUGACCGUGAUUCAAGAAUUUGUCAAGUCGAAUCAGAUGAAAUAUUAGCUCGUCAGCUUCAAGAGCAGUUCUUGCAGGAAGCCCAAAGCUCAGUAGGCACGGAAGAGGUAGAUGCAACUACAGCAUGGAUAUCGCAGCAAGAUGAUGCCCAACAUGCUAGGUCGUUCGCAAGGCAGGCUCACUCUCUUGAAAGGGAUCAGCCAAUGGUAGAUUUAUCUUCAGACAGCCAACUUUUUCCAUUUUCUUCUGCACAACAAAAUCAUCGUCCAGUUCCUGAAUCCGGUAGAAGGAUUCACUUAAGAAACUUCAACUGCGCUGAAAUGGAUCAGGAGAUGACUAUUAUAGCACAAUUGAGGAGAGGGUUCAGCAGCAACAAGAUGGAUCUAGAAAUGAGGGUUAACUUCUUGGAGGCAUUGGAAGCUGCAUUUGAAAGCAGCAAUGAUAUGGCAUUUUCAGAUGAUUUUUUCCCAGAUAUUUGGAAUUAUGAUGAUGAUGAUUAUGACGCCCUUUCGGCUAUCGACGACAAGAAUCCUCUGUAUGCUGGUGCUUCAGACAGUCAGAUCAAUAGCUUGCCACUAUCAACUGUUCAGAGAGGUAACCUUGAGGAUGUAUGCACUAUCUGCCUAGACUCACCCUGUGUUGGAGACGUCAUCCGCCAUUUACCGUGCUUACAUAAGUUCCAUAAAGAAUGCAUCGACGCAUGGCUCAGGAGAAGAACCUCAUGUCCUGUAUGCAAGUCCGUGAUCACCUAAGCUGCAAUUGGAUGACCGAUUUUCUGAUCUUGAAUGGAAAAUUGCUUAAAGUGAUUUUCCAUCUUUUUGGGAGCGACAAAGAAUGUUGGCAAACCAAAUGUUAUAAUUGCACUCGUGUAGAGCGAGCAGAACUUUCAUUUUCGUUUCUUGAAAGUUUGAGGGUGGAGAUGUUGUUCCAUCCUUUCACCCAUUUUUGCCGUAAAUUUAGUGGUUCUUUCUAUAAAUUGCAAUUACAAUGGCAGAUGAUACUUAUCAUACUUACAUAGGACGGGUUCUUAAUGCUCUAUAAUAAUGUAAAUAUAUAUAUAUAUAUAUACACACGCUUUUUAAUCUCA